CGCCUGCGUUCGACCCAGUUUGAAAGUGAAGCAACGGCUCCAGUCGCAGCUUCAGCCCCAAAACAACAACAACAGCCCGAAUCUAGACCCAGAAAGCCCAGAGAUCCGGUCCGAGUCCCCUGUCCCGGGCCUCCUACCGUAGCCACCAUGAUGCGUAAAGACGUGAACAAGCCGAAGGGGAAGACGUCGGCCUACGCCUUCUUCGUCCAGACGUGUCGAGAGGAACACCGCAAGAAGAACCCGGAGCAGUCGGUCAACUUCGCCGAGUUCUCCAAGAAAUGCUCCGAGAGGUGGAAGGCGCUGUCCCCCAGCGAGAAGAAGCGGUUCGAGGACAUGGCCAAGGCCGACAAGGUGCGCUACAACCGGGAGAUGAGGGACUACGUCCCCCCCAAAGGCUUCGGCAAGAGGGGCCGCAAGAGGAAAGACCCCAACGCCCCCAAGAGGCCCCCGUCGGCGUUCUUCGUGUUCUGCAGCGAGUACCGGCCCAGCGUGAAGCAGCAGUACCCGGGUCUGUCCAUAGGCGACUGCGCCAAGAAGCUGGGAGAGAUGUGGAGCAAGCUGAGCCAGUCUGAGAAGCUGCCCUACGAGGAGAAGGCCCAGAAGCUCAGGGAGAAGUACGACCGGGACAUGGUGGCGUACCGCGGAGGAGGAACCUUCGCCAGGAACCCAGACUCCUCAGCCCAGGGAGGAGAGGAGGAGGAGGAUGAAGAGGGAGAGGAGGAUGAGGAGGAGGAAGACGACGAGUAGAAGGAGGAGGAGGAGGAGGAGGUGUGUGUUUCAGAGGAGCCGCUGGGAGGAGGUCAGAGGUCAGGUCCAGUCAGACAGGCUAGAGGUCAGAACGUGGUCCAGUCAGGAAGGUCAGGUUCCAGUCCUGCAGCAGGUAGUGAGGAGGAAGGUUCUGCUGGUUCUGGAUCAGCCUGGAAUGGGUCACCAUGUUCUGAUUGACCUUCAUCAGAACCUCUGUUCCUCUGAACCCGAUGGUCUCUGGUUCUGGAGCUCGUUCUCCAGAACAUCUGGCUGCUGAUGGACUGAACAGCUGGUUUAGCUUAGUGUGGAUGAUCCAGAACCAGAACUCUCAGCAGGUCUCCACUGUUUCAGCUGCUCCUCCAGUAUAGACCUGGUUCUGACAGAACCAGAACCAGACCCGGUUCUCUGAUCCAGGAUCAGCGUUUCCAUUCUGGAUGGUCCGUUCAGACACAGCAGCAGCUCAGAGUUCUGGUCCGGCUCUGGUCCAGUUCUGGUCCGGUUCUGGUCCAGUUCUGGUCCAGUUCUGGUCCAGACCCAGAGAACCUGCAGAGGACGCGUCAUGUGACCCAGUAGAGGUCAUGUGACCUGACUGAAGGCUGGUGCUCUGCUCCAUAGACAUCAUCUCCAUAGACACCUGGGUGGGCGGGUUCUGCCUGCUGCGAUGCGUCAGAGCGUCCGCCAUGUUGGAUGGGGCAAAUCUGCUCUUAGUCUGAAUCACUUAAACAGCAUCAGAGGGACUUUAAUCUAGGAAUAUACUUUAUAUUCGUAAUAUUUUUAUUUUUGUAAUAUUAC